AUGGCUUACGGCUUCCCUGCUCCGUCCUGCCCGGGAUUCUUCGGACUUCGCAUUCCAGUUCAGACUAUGUUUGAGCUUUCAGAGAUGCUAUCAGACACAACACUCGAAGAUGAGGCAGGAAAUGAUAAUGGUGUGUACUUCGAUGGUGAUCGUUGGACGCUUUACCCGACCAGGUACAGUAGUGAAGAACACACAGUUCAGUGGCACCUCGUCAAAAGAAGCACCGACCAAACAUCCGAUCCCGGCCUUGCCCCUGGACAGGAAGGACCCCACAGCUUGCUUAGGAAAGUCGACUUGGAGACUAUGGCCAGUGCAACAGCUAUUCUCGGCUACUGUCAGCAAACAAACAUCCAACUAGGCACGAAAUUACGGCUGAAACAAUACGAGGAGUAUCGUCGUUCAGGGGCAAGGCCCGAACGUGGGCGGCCAGAAGUUUCGUUGGGGGGCAUAUCCGUUGCCGGCAACUUUUGGGGCCGCCUCGCGGUGACCUCUACGUUCACUUUCAAGUACCGGAAAGGACUCAUCGAUGCGAGAAAGAAAGAAGACGAAGACAUGUAUUCCGAGGUACUGAAACGGGCCGCUGCACAGCCGGUGAUAUUGUUCGACACUAAGCCAGGAAUGGAGCGGGCAUGGAUGGUCCCACAGCUGUCGUUGGUCCUUGACCUCUUCAAUUUCUGGGUUUUCUGCCAAAGAGAUGCAGAUAAGGAGGUAGCCGAGCGGGUGCGAUAUGCCGAACCUGGUCCAGACGGGGGCGAGAUGGCGAAGGCAGUCCUGUCUAACCGCGAAUACGCCGAUCAAGUUGUGAUCAAAUCGGGCCAUGAAGGUGAGACUGAAAUGAACGUCGGAGCCAUGAUCAAGCGGAUCAACAUGGCUGUCGAAGCCCGUUGGCUCAAGAAUGCAUAG